GCGUGCCAGGCAGUCUGAACCUACUUUUUCACAAUCUGUGUACUACUCUCUAACAUAUUAUCCUCUAACUGUUAGAGUUUAAGACUACACUUAUUACGGCCAUGCUUGUGAUUGGAGUCUUUGAGUCUAAAGCAAAGGAGUCUGAGUUUGUCCUGGAAGGCAGAGAUCGGGGCUGAAAAAACGGAAAUGAAUAGCGCGGGAGAUUUAUUUCUAUUCCGUGUUGACGUAAUGUGGCGUUUUCUGCCGCUGCUGAUUUAACGUUCUGCAACAUAUCCGCAGCAUACAGUCCAGAGGAAAGCAGGGACACGUUGACUAAGUCCGGUAUUUGAAAGACUAUGGAUGAAAGUCAGCAGCCGAAGCCUUCCCAUCAAAACAGUGGCACAACCAGGAAGAGGGAAGACUACCUAGAAUGGCCAGAGUACUUUAUGGCUGUAGCCUUUCUGUCAGCCCAAAGGAGCAAAGACCCAAGCUCACAGGUGGGGGCGUGCAUAGUGAACCAGGAGAAUAAGAUCGUUGGUAUUGGUUACAAUGGGAUGCCCAAUGGCUGUGACGAUGACCUGCUGCCGUGGUCCCGCUCUGCUGACCACUGGCUCGACACUAAAUACCCAUAUGUGUGCCAUGCAGAGCUGAACGCCAUUAUGAACAAGAACAGCGCUGAUGUGAAAGGCUGCACCAUGCAUGUGGCUUUGUUCCCCUGCAACGAGUGUGCCAAGCUCAUCAUCCAGGCCGGUAUUAAGGAAGUGGUCUAUCUUUCUGAUAAGUACCAUGACACACCGGAGAUGGUCGCUUCCAGAAGGCUGCUUGGUAUGGCAGGCAUACAAUGCAGGCAGUUCGAGCCCAAGAGGACUAAGAUUGUCAUUGAUUUUAAUUCCAUUAACCACCCUGGAAUGCUGAACGGCGCGACCAACUGAAAAUGCAAAAGGCUCACCUUGGGGAGCUGCUGAAUGAGGCGGGGAAGUAGAGGGAGACUGACAAGAUUGAAAGGGACUUUGAUGCCUUUUCUGUUUGUCUUCUUGCCCCCCACUUUGUCCAAAGGAAAACUGAAGGAUACCUCGACUUUGGCAUCUUUUGAUAUUUUGAUUAACCGGAUAUUCAAGAUAGUUUAAUUUGACGCUUCACCCUUUGUGGAUGGCUGUGGCAGAAGGUCUUUCAAUGCUGCUUUCACACUUUUUUUCUUUUCUUUUAUAAGUCCCUUUGGGUUUAGGCAUACACAAGGACUUGGAACACACUUUCUUGGGUGUUUGAUUUUAAAAUCUUUUGUGUUGUGAAUCAGAUCUUCUCAUGGCUGUCUGCACAGGGGGAAACCAGAAAUCCUUCAAACAAGGUUCCAGAUUAGUAUAGAGGCACCUUGACCUUCAGUUCAUCUGACCAUUUGCAGUUACAGUGGAAGCUUCCCAGUAAAUCAGUAUUUUUGCAAUUGCAAUUGUUUGUAGAAAGUAACCACUGUUCAAAUAUAACCUGUGUUCUACUUUUAUUUUUGAAUCUUUGAAAAUGUAAAUGGGCAUCUCCUUUACUAGCAAGUAAAAUGUGAAAAUUAUACAAAGCUAUAACAAUGGUGAUCUCCAGCUCCUAUGAGGCGGUGACAUACCAAUGACAGCUUUAUUUCCUCAAGGCUAACUAAAUAGUUGCUUUAAUUAAAUAACAAAAUAACACCAAUUUUCCAGAUUAUAAGGAUAAAUGGAGAUGCUUUGUGAAUGUCCUAAUUAUUCCAAUAUUAGCGCUGUCACUCUCUUGAGAUGAAAAUGAGAUCUCGAUCCCAACGGGGACUUACCUGAUUAAAUCAAGGUUUGAAUGAAUGAAUCUUAAACUCUGUAUAUGUUACUGUGGGCAUAUUUUUUAUAUAUUCCCUGUCGUGGAUAUGGAUCUCAGUUUUAAUGUUUUCUGAAAGAUGUUGCCAUCUUCAGUUGGUGAGAAGUUUCUGUCAUGUUUUUGUAAAAUGUAAAUUUCUUUUAUAUUUCUUUCGUGUGUGUGUGUGUGGGUGGUAUAUACAUCAUGUAUGUACGUUGGUGUUUUCACAUGGUGACUGAGAAACUCUUCUCAAUUCUGUCUUCACACCAUUGUUCCGUCAACCAUGUUAUCUGUCAGUGCAGUUGAAGCAAUAAAGGUUUUGGAACGCAUCA